CGAUGAGCGAGCUGGCCAGACUCGCCCGGUCCGGUAUAUACGCAGCUCCACCGGCAUAUCCACACCAUGCCCUCCAUUCUCAGCCUCCCCGCAGAGAUUCUCCACGAUAUCUCCUGUCAUAUAACCAACAUCAACGACGCGCUCCACCUGGCGCGCGCGUCCCAAUAUCUCCACCGCUUCUACCGGGCCGUGGUCGUCCACUGGAUAGGUGUAGAGGCGGGCUGGCUCGCGCGCAUCACAGUCUACGGCAGUGUUGCCGGCGCGGAAGAGGGCUUUGCUGUUGUGACGAUGAAGACGUGGACCGAUUAACUACCGCUUAACGGUGACGGAGACGGAUACUGUAGACCACCUCGAGGUGGCUGAGCGCAGUGGGGACCAGCCCGGGAACCGUGGCUCUGGGGGACAGGAAGAAUUUGACCCGUACUGUGCUUACUUCGCGAACACAAGGAUGGAACUGUGCGUGGAUCAAAUAUACAUGCGUAUGUAUCAUCGAAGAGGCAGCGGAGAAGCCCCAAUUGCCCCCCGGCGCUCCUGCCAUUCGGUCGAAACGCACACGAAGCCGAGCCCCGGGCUAUAAAAAGCUGGCUAGCCUAUCGAGAUGGCCAGUUAAGUUGUUAUUCCGGGCCAAAGAGACGGAUGAGUCUUGGAUGGUUCGGUUUUUAAAAAUGCCCCGCGCAAGGAGGGAUACAACCGGGCGUACGGAGACCGGUCAUAUAAUGGUUACUAUCGCGAUACUGCGGAAUAUAUUUCAG